UAUGACGAGGAUAAGGCAUUAUCUUGUUCAUUUUUCGCUCAUCUUGUCUAUUUAUGUAAAUCUAGACACAUAUAUAUGAUUUUAUAGUGGACCUCAACAACAACUAUGUCGAUUGCGAUUGAGAGUAAUAGAAUGGAUCGUUCAGGCUUUGAUGAUACGAUGUCGUUUAAGGCGAUCUAUGAUUCUUCAGAUUCCGGCGAUCGGAGGGCGGCGGAUGACGACGAUUCGUGUAGUUCGUCUUCGAUUGGGAAGAACAGUGACGUCAGCGGUGGAGGACAGUCGGACUCCGGCGACGGCGACGGCGAAGUUCAGAGCAGUUUUAAAGGGCCGUUGGAUUGUUUGGACUCGCUUGAAGAGGUUUUGCCUAUAAAGAGAGGUAUAUCGAAUUUCUAUAGUGGAAAAUCAAAGUCUUACACAAGCCUCUCGGAUGUUUCGUCUUGCUCCUCUAUUAAAGAUAUUGUGAAGCAGGAAGAUGCCUACACUAGGAAGCGUAAGAACUUGCUUGCACACAGUAAUUAUUUUGACAGGAGCCGGAAUGGCAAUUUGGGAAGCAGCAGUGGCAUAUCAAAGAGGCUUGCUAACUCGAGCAGAAGCUCUAUAGCUCUGUCUGCUAUGGUAAGCAGCUCAGAGAGUAAUAAUAGCAGCGAAUGCCUCGGUUCAAAUUCAUCAUCACCUACUCCAAGUUUACCUCCCCUGCCUCCGAAUGGUAGAAGAUCAAAGUCACCUAAUAAUGGAUUGAUGGCAUCACCUCCAACACCUGAACGCAAAUUUUCUCCGUGGAGGUCAUUUUCUCUCUCUGACUUGCAACAUGCUGCAACUGCUACUACAGAAUCUGCCUUGGUAAAUAAUAAAAGAAGUUUUGUGGAGGAAUGACAUUGGCAUCCAAGGCGAGUUUCGACAUGGGCUCAUGAAUGAUGUUUAGUUCCUGAUACGUGUUUAUGAUCGUCUGUUCUUGUAAUCGCUUGUUGAGUUUCUCUAGUGUUUUUGCUAUUGUAACAGUUUUGAGGUAGACUUUAAUGAAACGGUACUCUUUCCACUUGA